GAUACGCCCCCUGUGCUCUCGGAUUGGCUCAGUGCUGAGGCGACCGCCCAUGCGCGGCUCACCAUGGCGUCUCAGCUCCGGCUCCGCUCCGCUCUGGCCCUGGUCACAGGUGCAGGUAGCGGCAUCGGCCGAGCGGUCAGUGUGCGCUUAGCUGCUGAGGGUGCCGCCGUGGCCGCUUGCGACCUGGACGGGGCAGCGGCACAGGAGACGGUGCAGCUGCUGGGAGGGCCGGGGAGUGAGAAGGGGGCACCCAGCGGGGCCCAUGCUGCCUUUCAGGCUGACGUGUCCGAGGCAGAGACCGCCAGGCGCCUGCUGGAGCAAGUGCAGGCCUACUUUUUUCGCCCGCCAUCUGUCGUUGUGUCUUGUGCGGGCAUCACCAGGGAUGAAUUUCUGCUCCGCAUGUCUGAAGAUGACUGGGACAAAGUCAUAGCUGUCAACCUCAAGGGCAUCUUUCUAGUCACUCAGGCUGCAGCCCAAGCCCUGGUGUCCAGUGGCUGUCCUGGCUCCAUCAUCAACAUCAGUAGCAUCAUAGGGAAGGUGGGAAACAUGGGACAGACAAACUACGCAGCAUCCAAGGCUGGAGUGAUUGGGCUGACCCAGGCUGUAGCCCGGGAGCUCGGACGAUACAGGAUCCGCUGUAACUCUGUCCUCCCAGGGUUCAUUAAAACACCCAUGGCACAGAAAGUGCCACAGAAAGUGCUGGACAAGAUGUGGCCGAUGUGGUCGCGUUCUUGGCAUCUGAGGACAGUGGAUACAUCACAGGGGCAUCAGUCGAAGUCACUGGAGGUCUUUUCAUGUAACUGCCUCAAGGACCCUGGACUCUGCUCACUCCCCCACCAUUCUGCCCGGCCUCCUGCUGAUGAGGACUCUGAGUUCCCAGGCUACAAAAGGGGUGGCAGUGUAUGGCUCAAGAAUGCUGAAUAUGGGAGGCAGGGGUGCUUGUGACCCUAAUAAAUUCCAAAUCCUCUUCCCUGCCA